CAUGCAUAGCACAUACGCAUGCACAAUAAAAUAUACUAAUAUAUCCACAUGUGUUACCCCACAACCCUCAUAAUAUUCUGUGAGGUUGAAGAGUAGACAUUAUUUUAUUUUAUUUUUACAGAAAAAUAAAUCAAUGUGAAAAAGAGUUGAAUAUAGUUCCAUAGUAAAUGUUGAGGUCAGGACUAGAAUUUAAACCUUGACUUUUAAUUCAGUUUUUUAAGAAAUUCUGAUAUUUGAGCUUUACAAUGUUUUCUGAAUAUCUGAUGACCUAAUAAGCCAAAAAAUUGAAAGUUGGAACAGAUUUUCCACAUUCUAUCCUGGUGCCCCAGAACUAAACUGUGUUAUAAGUAUGUGAGUGUGUGUUGUAUCAGUAACAAUUAAAAGAAGAAGAAAGGCAAAAAGAAAAAGAAAGCUAGGAUCAAGACAUUUAAGUCACGUUGUUGGGAUUAAGAGAUUACAAAACUGGAAGGAAAAUAUCUAACUCAAGACUUAAAAAGUAAGAAAGAAGUAAGCCAACAGUGGCAGCUCGAUCUGGGAGAACACCUAGAGUGUAAAUGUCAAGAGUGUAAGAACCAGGAGAAUAGUCGAAAGUUAGCAUGCACACUUUGAAAAGCAUUGAGUGAAAAAGGUAAACAUUCAGGAACCGAGGAAACACAACUUGUUUGGGAUGAAAGGCUCAAUGGUUUUUCAGACUCUAUAAAUACAGGGAAUGCAAAAGGAUAAGAAAUAAAAGACUUCAGACAUGAGACCAAUAACUCUAAAUUCAGAAAAAUAGGCAAAGGGCUGGACUGUGGAAGUCUGAGUUUUGUUCUGGAACCAAAGUGUGAGAUACAGGGCAUGAAUCACAAACAAUCUGGACACUGAGAAACAUGAAUGUUCCUGUCCAGAAAUGCCCUAGGAAGUUUAUUUUACCUUAUUAUUAUAAUUUUGAGGGAUUAAAAACACAUUACAAACUGUAACCAGUUUAAAGCUUCAGGAGUAAAUGAAACCAUUGGCGUAUCUUUUGGGGAUGAAAGGGAGGGUUAAGAAUAUAGGAUAUCUGCUAGAAGAAAGUACCACCAAUUAGUUUGCAAAGUUAGGUAUACAAUUCAACUCACAUGCACAUAUUUGAAUAUUUCCAAUUGUAAUGAGGGUGAGGGGUAAACAAGUGAAUACUAUGUACCAAAAACCUAAAUGACUAUGCUCUUAUCCACUUGAAGGAAUUCAUUUGACUGGUAGUCAUUUGGGUUAUUUUACUUGUUGGACCAUUGAAUUCAGGGGUCAUAAAUUCAUGAUAUAAACAAUAAAUUCAUGUGAAGUCAUAAUCUAUUGCCUCAAAUUAAAUUUACAGUAUUUUACAAUAAAUUUUUCAUCAUUUGCAUCUUUCUGAUUAUUUAAGAAAUGUAGCAAUGUUAAUAAUUCUUGCAUUAAUCAAUUAAAAAAUAUUUUUCAGAAAUGUCCUUCUUUCUUUCUAUAGGAAUCAAACAUUCAUUUUCUGUAUGUCCAUACCUUCAAAACUAUAACAUGUUAAAUGGUGACUUUUUCCUGAUUUUUCUGUAUUUUAAAGAUGUUCUGAAAACUCCCACAUAGGCUAGAUGGAUAUAAAGAAUACCUCAAUGAUAACUGAAUUUGUUUUGUUAGGACUCACCAGCACUUGGGAACUUGAAAUUUUCUUUUUUCUCAUAUUUUUGUUGAGCUAUGCAGCAAUCAUGGCAGGGAACCGUCUCAUUGUGGUCACCGUAACCUUUGAUUUUCACCUGAAUUCUACACCUAUGUACUUCCUCCUUGGAAAUCUCUCCUUCCUUGAUAUGACUAUUUCCACAAUCACAACCCCUAAGAUGAUCACAGAUUUCCUCAGAGAAAAGAAAACAAUUUCCUUGUGGGGUUGCAUGGUUCAAAUGUUCUUCCUCCACUUUUUAGGAGGCAGUGAGAUGACUCUUCUUGUAGUUAUGGCUGUUGAUUGGUACAUUGCAAUAUGCAAGCCUCUUCACUACACAACCAUUAUGAACCACUGGGUACUUGUGGGUUCUGUGCUGCUGUCCUGGGGUGUUGGUUUUGUGCACACUAUGAGCCAGAUGGUUUUUACUAUCACCUUGCCUUUCUGUGGCCCCAAUGUGGUGGACAAUAUUUUUUGUGACCUUCCCCUAGUUCUAAAACUUGUUUGCACUGACACGUACAUUCUGGAGUUGCUGGUAAUUGCUGACAGCGGACUAUUGUCUCUCAUCUGCUUCAUACUCUUGCUCAUUUCCUACACUGUCAUUCUAGUGACCCUCCGAGGUAGGUCCUCUGGUGGACUCUCCAAGGCUCUCUCCACACUGUCUGCUCAUAUCACUGUAGUCACUCUGUUCCUUGGGGCAUGUAUCUUCAUUUACGCUUGGCCAUUUAGUUGCUUAUCAGUGGAUAAAUUUCUUUCUGUAUUUUAUUCAGUCAUCACACCCUUACUGAACCCCAUUAUUUAUACUCUGAGGAAUCAGGAGAUGAAAGCAGCCAUGAGUAGACUGAGGACCCAGCAUGUCAGCUCCAGGCAGAAUUUAUAG